AUAAACAAUCGAUUGUGUUCAUUCGUGUGAUUAUUGUGGUUUGUUUGGGUUUUCGUGUCUGUCAGUGGAAGUGAAAGGUGAUAAAUUCGAUUAUAUAAAACGAAAAAGAAGAAGAAAAAAGUCCGUGAUGUCCGAUGUAGCAGAAUCACCGUCACAGUCUCCUGUUCCAGAGGAAGAGAAUCCAACACCACCAUCGACGCCUGUGAAAAAAGCAGCAAAACAAGCAACCAAAAAGUCAACUGGUGCAAAGAAACCAUCAACAAAAAGCCAUCCAGCCACAUCGGAACUGGUUCUCAAUGCAAUUAAAACGCUGCAAGAUCGUAAUGGUUCAUCAUUGCAGGCGAUAAAAAAAUUCAUUGCUGCCAAUUACAAAUUGGACACGGAUAAAUUGGCUCCGUUCAUAAAAAAAUUCCUUAAGAAUGCAGUCGUUGCGGGUAAAUUGAUACAAACAAAAGGAAAGGGGGCAUCCGGUUCAUUCAAACUACCAGUGGCAGUAACAGCAGCCGCCAAGCCAGCGAAGGAGAAAAAGAAAAAGGUUGCCAAAACCAUCGACAAAAAGUUAAAAACAGAUGGGAAAAAAGAGAAGAAAAAGAAAGAAAAAUCGGCGGCGACAGCUAUCAAAACAUCGUUCGAGAAGAAAAAACAUGCUGCAUCGAAAAAAGGCACGAAGAAGUCUAGUGCAUCAAUAAAGUCGGCUGCACCAAAACAAAAGUCUACAAAAUCAUCGAAAGUAGCGUCAAAAGUGAAAGCACCGAAGACUAAGAAGGCUCCAUCUGCAAAGAAAGCCGCCUCUACUGGCAGUACUGAGAAAAAAAACACCAAAAACCGCGAAAACUAAUUAGUUUUUCAGACACGGCAACACUGCCUUACAUCUAUUUUAAUGUAUACGGAUUCAAUUGAACUAAAUCAAACAUUUUAUGUUUUGUCGCACCAAAUGUAUUCACGAAAAAAAGCUCUCAACUCGAUUUUAAAACCUACAUAAUCAAACCUUAACCGGCGCCAUCUUGAUUCGAAUGAUUCGCAUACAAUUCGGAUGUACGUUUUUGAUGUAUAUUUUGAAAUGCAAUUGAACAUUCAUACAUUGUAGCUAUGAUGUCAUAGAAACUGUAAUCAUAUUCGAAAAUUGAAAUAAAAAUGUGAAAAUAAAAAAUCGAGAAUUUUCAA